AUGCGCAUCCGCAAGAGCGUCAGCGACGGGUACAUGCAGGGCGACGCCACCGCAGCCAGCACGGCUGGCAAGGGAAACGAGUUUUCCGCGCCCCAGAUCCGCAGAGUGCCACUGCCGGACCACCUGGCAGACGGGCCUCCUGCGCUGGACUUCCGUGGAUCGACCGUCUCGUCGCUUGCCGACUGGGAGAGCGAGCUGGACAGGGGCACCAAGCGGACGUAUGACGAGACGCAGGACUACGAGAAGAAGUACGGCCCGCUGGUGUUCAACGAGGACCGUUUCGGACGCCAUCUGGGCCUCCUUCUGGACGCUGCCGCGCAGCGUCAACGACGUCUUUACUGCCUUCUCGCCCGCCAACAUUGUGCUUCUGAGAGACACCAACCCGCGGAAUUUCUUUCUGUUGAUCCGGCUCACCGCCACGCGGCUCGUCACGCUCGCGAGACAGACCGAGUCCGGCACGUUCGACAAAACAGAGGUGCUCAACUGCGCACGGCUCCUCACCAGACUGCUGCCGUAUCUGUACGAGAAGGCAGAGCUCGCAUCCGCAGAAAAAACGCUCUUCUGGUCCCUCAACAGCACCCUCGACCCGCACACACAGGCCUCCGGCAGCUCCAACGGGUCCACGACCGCCACCGUCGGCUUCGACUCGCUGUGCUCGACAGAUCUGUCCAGCGCAGACACCACCAACGGAAUGGUGGACGUGCUGGUCAGCCACGACAAGAUGAUCGACAAUCUCUCCCUGAAGCCCACCGUGGACGAGUCGCAGAGCGGCUCGCUUCCGCUGGGCGCGCUGCUCGUGCUGCAGGCGGUCAAUCUGCUAUUUACCACCGGCUUCACUGUCCCGGCAGUGGACAAGCAGAGCAGGCCGAACUCUGUCGAGUUUUCGAUCUGGGAGCCCGGAAUCGGCCUCGCAGGCAAGCUCAAGCACCCAGACAUCGCCCUGGACUCCAACAGACUCGAGAUCCUGCGUCUGUUGCUGGCCCUCUGCUCGCAAUGUCUCUACAGACAGGUCUCGAACGUGGUACCGCUCGGCAGCCGGUACCUGACGGUCCUGGUGACGGCGGUGCCCAAACUGCGGAUGCUCACGCUGAUCUCGUCGCUGCUGAACCUGGUGUGCCGGUCCACCAAGGACCCGAACGAGUACAACACGGGGCUGGAUCUGGAGAUCGCAGCACAGAAAGAGGUGCGUGUCCUGAUGGUCACGAGCGCGAUGCAGCUGUUCACACAGAUGAUUGUGUACCCGCUGCCCAAGAUGGACCAGGAGUUUCUGCAGAAACAGGGCAUUCUGGUCGAUACGCCCACGAACCUGGUGCGGUACUACUGCGGCCGGCUGCACAAGGAGCAGGAGCUGGAGUUUCUGGAAGACGGGCUGGUGCGGCCGCUUUUCCGGCUGAUGGACGCCGAUUCAGGCUCUGCGGCCAACGGGUCUGGCCUCUCGUACCUCAUAAAAGGGAAGUUUCUGGCCGCUUCCUCGAACCUUGA